UUUUCGCUCUGGCCCAACUUCAGAAAAAGAAACGAAUGGAACCGACGGCUCUAAGUAAUUGACCGUUGGAUUGGACACAAAGUCCACCCUCUCUUCUUGAUUUCCACUAAAUCCCGCGAGAACUCAGAAUUCAGGCAAACGAUCCCCCGUGAAGAAAAUCGUUUAUCGAUGGCGCUGAAGUUUCUGAACAAGAAGGGAUGGCACACGGGCAGCCUACGCAACAUCGAGAAUGUGUGGAAAGCCGAGCAGAAGCACGAGGCGGAGCAGAAAAAACUCGAGGAGCUGCGGAAGCAGAUCCACGAGGAACGCGAGCGCGCCGAGUUUCGCCAGCUUCAAGAGCAAGCCGGCCUUGUCCCGAAGCAAGAGCGAUUAGACUUUUUGUACGAUUCAGGAUUAGCUGUGGGGAAGGGGGGUUCUGGCUUCAAGAUUGUAGAUCAGACUUCAACUGGGAUAAAUCCUUCGUUUUACUCAUCAAAUUAA